AUUGACAUCACUGAAAAGUACGAUGAGUGUCGUCUGUUAACUAGUGUAAAUAGUUGUAAAUUUUUAGAUUUUACUCCGUUGCAAUCUGGUACCUGAUUAAUUUGUAGAUAUCGUAACAGUAGCAUCUAACGUAAUGCCCGUUCUAAGGAAAAAGUCUAGCAAAAAAGUAAACGCGGAGAACGGCAGUGGCAAUUUGAUUGGAGAUGUAACCAUCGACGACUUUGCAAAUUCAUCACGGACGCACGGGAGAUUUAAAAAGGCAAUGAUAAAUGUCUCCUCCGAAGUGAAAGAGGCGACAACAAAGAAAGAAAGCUCUUGGGACGAAAUGAAUGAGAGUUUUCAGGAAAGUCUGGGCGAUUCUAACAAAUCAAAGAAACAUACUAAGGGUUCGUCAACAAAUCAAAGAAGAAGAAAGAAGACAAAUUCCUCUGAAGAUGCUACGCAAGAAGAAGAAGGUAUAGAUUAUCCAUUGGAUGUAUGGUUCAUUAUAUCCGAAUAUAUUAGACCAGAGGCUGUGGGAAAAUUUGCUCAAAUAUGUAGAAGUUCUUAUCAUGUGGUAACAACAGGGAAAUUUUGGUUUCAUUUGUACAAGACGUACUACAGGUAUGUUCCUGGUUUGCCAGAACGUCUACAACCACAAUGUAUGGUUCGUCUGCAUGGACUUCGUGCUUGCGUCAUUAGAACGUUACAUUACACUUAUUUUUCCUUAAACAAAAAGGAUGAUGAUGUGUCUUACUUAAGACAAGACCAGCCACAUUCGCUUGUAAAGAGGCAAUGCUGUCUUAUGUGGCAUAAAGAGGGAAAAUUGCGGUGGUAUUUCUAUUUCAAAUUAAAGGAGUUGCCAAAAGCCAAUAAUAAGUCGUUGAAAUUGAGAACGAAAAUCAAUGGCAAGAAGACAGAUUUUCUUGAAAUGUUGGAAGAUGUAGCUGUGAAUUCAGAAGAGGGUUGCAAAAUACUUAGGGUGACUUGUUUAAAAUACAGUAUGCUGCCGCCUGUAAUUGGCUUGAUCUUGCAGUCAGUGUCAAUGACUUUGAUGCCCGGUUUUAAAGAUCAUCGAUUGCAACUCGGAUUUGGAACAUCAGACGUUCCUAAUACACUAACAAAUCAAGUCAUUUUGAAUGAUGUUGUUAGCUAUCAAAUUCUAGACUGGUGGCAUCCAACUUAUCCCCACCAAGAUUCAAUAACCACUAUUCAAUUGCCAGAAAGUGAUUCUUGGGAUCAGAGCUUAUUAUGAAAGAAUUCCAUAUUUUAUAAUCGAGCAGCUAGAUCAUAAGUAUGAUUUCUGUAUAUGAUUAUGUAAAUAAUACAUUACAUGUCUGUUAAGCUUGA